CGCCGAACAGAAUGUAAUAAGUUAUUCCUAAUAACCAAUGUUCAAAUUUACCUUUUGUUUUGUUCGUGUUAUUUUAUCAUUGGUGACAACAUCAACCCAUUAUUUAACUGAACGCUGGCAAUAAAUCUAAUGAUAGCUUGUAUUAAAAUGAUCUCGAAGUACAAUAUUCCAAGUACCUUUUGCCUUUUCUGCAAACUGUUUCUCGGUUAUUUCUUUGUUUGUUUAUUGGUGGCCAUAUCAACCUUCGGCAAACAAACAUCACCUGGCAUGCAACUUUAAAAAUUUUAUUCCCUGUUUUGGAUUUUUGAAUGCACUGGCGCCGGAGAAAUAAGAGACUAAUCUCUGUGUUUUAUGAAAUAGCGGUUUUGUCUCUUUCCAUGUGAUGCAGUCCAGUGAUCAACAAUUAUAUUUAGCUCAUCUAAACAAGCUUUUUAAUGAAAUCAAAACCAGUCAAUAUGCUUUCCGUGAUGUUGGUGGACCUUCAAAAUAUGACAUCCAUGCACAUGAAGCCAUCAACGAGUAUGAAUCCAAGAUCUACCGUUUAUUACCUUUAUUCCUUAAGGUAUAUGGUCCAUCAGCUUCUACUCCGGGGUCACCACCGACUAAAACAUCUGGUGAACUAUUUGAUAACUUCUCCGAUCUUCAUACAUUAACUAAUAUUGUUUCCAGGUUGAUGGUUACAGAAAUCAGGCGUAGAGCAAGCAAUAAAACAACACAGGAAGCAAGUGAAGCAAUUGUUAAUUUUUUAGAGAUCUCACAGGAACAAGUUUCAACAACUGUAACCCCAACAAAUUCAGCAUUUAAUUUAUCCUCUGUUAGUCGACAAGGGACAAGAUCCGAUUCAAGCAAUAAUGACUCAAAGUAUGAACAAAAAGGCUGGAUUGUACUGUGUACAUUGAAUCUUGUUGUUUGUCAUGGAAAUGAAUCAUUGAUUCCAGUAAUGGCUGCCAAUUCUCUUCCCUCGACUCUAGUUAGGUGCCUAUAUCUUUUUUUCGACCUUCCUCCACCAGCCACUCAGGCCGAUUCUUCUGAUCAACAGACAACCGUUGAAUCUGCGGCAAAAAAAUUGGGAAAAUUACGCUUCUCAGCUAAAGGAGUAUCCAACUAUGCUGAAAAUAUUGAAUAUUCAAAUCCAAUCGAAAGGAGACUUUUGUUGCACAGAAUUUUUACUCAACUAUUAACUCGUUUGUGUGCUCAUCAAGCUUCUCUCCAUGAAUUAACCAGGAAAGAUGAUUUAGCUCUUCUCUUUAACGCUGUUACUUCUUGGUGUGUUCCCCAUAACUGUAUCUGGCGUCAAAGUGCGGCUGAUGUUAUUUUGAUUAUGGCAAAGUGUAACUGUAUCAAAACCUCAUAUCUUCAUGACAAGUCAUGUAUAUCAGUUUCCAUUGAAAAUAUUUCACGGAUGUAUGAACUAUCCAAAGCUUCUGAAGAUGAAAUAUAUGAAAUGUUAUCAGUCAUGAUAAAUUUUAUCACCGAAGUAUAUUAUGCUCAUCCACCAUCUGUUGGUAUUUUACUAGACGAUUUCAAGACUAAUUUAGGUUACCAUUUUAUUGUUGAUUUUGUACUUAAACUGGAACGUGAUACAACAACUCAUGCCAAUAUCAUCAGGAAAGUUCUUUCAUUGGUUACAUCUUUAACCAAAAUUGGAACUUCGGAACUUAAACCUAGGCCACUUAGUGUUAAUCAAUUAUUUAUCAUGUCUGAUUUUACUUGUCCUAAACCAAAUCCUAAGCAUUCCGUCAAAAAUCUUAACGCUAUUACUGUUCUUCAAUCUUUAUGGUUUAAAGCAAAGUCAACACUUGUACAAGAAUUAAUUCUUGCUGGACUAUUCACCCUUUAUCGUGAUGAUCGAGCUAAUUAUUUUAUUCUUGAUUCGCAAAACACACUAUCACAAUUUGCAGAAAAACUCCACCUUAGAAGUGUAUCAAUUCAGGAAAAAUUUUUCACUAUUUUAGAGUAUAUCAUCUUUGAAAUCAAAUAUGUUCCGUGUAAAGAGCUAAUCAGUGCCAGUCUAAUGAUAAAAUCAAAGCUACCAACCCAAAGUGAAUUGUUGAGCUUAAAAAGUUUAUUAACUAUCAUUAAAUUCAACUCUAUAUUUCCCGAUGUUUUCCGUGAAGUCGGACUUUUAGAAAUUAUUACUAGUUUAUUGAUUGAACGAGGUCAAGCAAUCAUGGCAGCAACAAAUGUUGACGCGACUGAACUCCAACUUCUCGAGAUUACUAUGGAAAUUAUUUAUAACAUGCUUAUGGGUCCAAAUAAUCAAAAUUGUGCUCUUUUCAACGAAGCUCAAGGCCCUAAACAUAUUUUCAACUUUCUUCCUCUUACAAGCUCUAGAAUAAGCAAACAAACUCGGAAACUUUGUUUUCUCAUAAUCCACCAAUUAAUUUUAUCAAAUAAUGGAGAUGAAACUCUGGCUAAUCUUCUUUCCAUGUUGCACACUUCAGGACCUGUUGAUAGUAUUUCCAACAUAGAGAAACCAAAGUUAACUCUAAUUCAAGAAAUAAGUCUCAAAUUAAGUAUCCUUAAAGGUUUACUUCAAGUGGUUCGAGAAAGUCAUCGUUGUCGUGCACUAUUCAGAAAGGUUGGCGGUUUUAUUUAUGUAAUGUCAGUUUUAGUUGGUAUGGAAGGUUGUCUUGCUGAUGAAGAGAUACCUGAUGAGUUCAAAGCCAAAUUACCUGUCGAUCGUCGUCACUACUCUCAAUGGUGCACAAUCGAAAAGAAAAAGAUUUGGAAUCUACUUAAAUAUGUUUUCACCACAUUAGCUGCAGCAAUGAGAUUCGAACCAGCUAAUGCGAGGUUUUUCGCGAAUGAGAUAUGCCCAGUUAGUUUAACCGAUUCUUUGCGUCUCUUAGGAUGCUUUACUCAUGAUAAACAGUUACAAUCAAAUACAACGCAUUCCCGUGAAGAUACUGAUUUACUUUCCAACUAUCGAGAUAUAUUUUACUGUUCUUUAACAACAUUGCCUCCUAAACAAAGUAUGACUUUUCUUGAAUCCUGUGCUCUCAUAAUGAGACUACUUUUGGAUAUGGCGUUAGAUUUGAUUGAUAAAACACCUAAAAACCAUCCAUUGGCUGUUAAUCAUCAAAGAGAAUCAAACGAAAACCUAGAUGUUGGUAAUAAAUCAACUAACCAAACAAACCAAAAUAAACGACCACCACAAUUGCCUUUGAGUGUAAAUAAUCCAGCCAAUGAACCGCCUGUUAUAGUUCAUUCAAGCGUUAUCAUUGUCAUGUUUCACCUAAUUCCUUCGAUACCCUGUGAAUCUCUUCAAUUAUUUUUGACACAAGCUUUACGUCCACUGAUGAAAUCAGAGCGCAAUCAGCAAGUUAUGUGUGAAGCCAAUUUACUUAAUGAAAUUUUGAGUGAUAAAUUGAACAUUUCUCUUCUUAAUGAAUCUCAUUAUCUACAUUUUACAAUGCAGUAUAUUUUAGAACGACUUUCAGCCCAAAGUAUUUCACCCAAAGAACUUCGUAGUUUUCUUCGUCUUGGAAAUCCUCUCAAUUGUUUAACAUAUGAUGAAGUUACCAAAAAGAAAGAAAUGCGAGAAGAAAACCGAAAACCUGGCGGACCAAUUGCUUUAUCUCGUGUUAAAACAUUGGUUUCAAUGACCACCCCAAGAGAUACUGGUGUUGCUAAUUUAUUAGAACCUCCUUUUGUUGAAUUUGACAUGAGCCAGGAAGGAUUCAGCUGUUUAUUUCUUCCCUCGAUUGCACCCUUUUCCUCUGGAAGUGGUUCCUCUUCAGCCACUAACAUCUUUACUGGAACAAUAACUGGCUCAACUGAUAGCAAUAAACAAUCAUCAACUUGUAAUGGUGGUGUCAAUGGUGGUAUUGGAACCGGUGAAAGAUCAUUUCCUCCUCAAGCAGGACUCACCUUUCUCACAUGGAUAUGUGUUGAAAAAUUUCCAACCUAUGAAGAUGAAAUUCACAAUAUAAGAUUAUUCACUGUCACUCGAGGAGUCACCUCUGGUCAAGAAUAUGCAUGUUUUCAGUUACAAAUUUCAGCUCGAGACCGAGCACUGCUCAUUUCAACUCAAGAGAUUCCAAUUUUUGGAGAUGAUGAAAGCUCCUUUUCACCUGACCAUUUUAAUCUUGAAAUAGAUUAUAAUUUACGCGUUUGGUCACCCGAGUUGCUGCGUGAAAAUCAAUGGCACCAAGUUGUUGUUGUACUCAACCGAGCUCUCCUUAAAAACAGUUCGGCUACUAUUUAUGUUGAUGGUCAUCUGAUCUCCAGUCAAAAGUUACAUUACAUCAACACUGCGUCAAGUGGAACUGUUUUAAACAACAACCAAUCUUUUGUUAAUGGCUUCAUUGGAACACCACCUCAAUGGCGAAAACAAUCUCGCCUCAUUUGGAAACAAGGUCCAUGUCAUUUUCUUGAAGAACCUCUCACUGUUAAUCAUGUAAUGUAUAUUCAUUCAUUGGGUCACAAUUAUAUUGGAAGUUUUCAAGGAACUUCGUUAAUUCAAGAGAUGACAUCACUAAGCUCUAGUUUACAACAAAUACCUGAAGAUAAAGUUGUCUUUGGAUUAUCUGCUCGUGCCAUAUCUAUAAUGACUCUAGCCAAAAUGAAAAGAGUUUACUCACGAUUUGAUUGUCGACAGAUUAGCAAAAUCAUUGGCUUAUCUCUCCAUGAAAAUGCUACUCCUAUUUAUGUUUUACACAAUAGUGCAGGUCAUCUUUGUGGUCCCAGUCGUAGUUUAGGAGCAAUUUUAAUUGGUUACAUUGGUGCUCGGUGUUUUAUUCCGCGACCUGUUAGUGUUACUUUACAAGACAUUGGUGGUUGUGCCAUUCUUCUUGGUCUAGUUGCCAAUUCGCAAGAUGUCGAAAGUUUAUAUGCCUCAAUUAAAGCAUUGGUUUGUGUUCUCAAAGUAAAUAAAGAAAUGGUUUGUGAAAUGGAAAGAAUCAAAGGAUAUCAGACACUGGCAAUGAUUUUAAGAAAGAAAAGACACCAUCUCAAUUCGCACGUUUUACAUUUAACCUUUAACCUUGUUGGUACUGUUGAUGUUUAUCGUAAAAAUGAAAAUAGCUCUUUAGAAAUUCAACAAGCCAAAGCAUUCAAGGACUUGUUGUGUGAUCAAAUUGACCUUUGGGCACAAAACGAUCUACUCAAAUCACUGUUGGAACAUUUUAAUGAACUUUUACUUGAAUCUAGUCAUGGUAAUUAUCCUCAAGCAGAAAAUCGUUUCAAAAAUUUGCGCAUUCUAAGAGAUUUGGGUUUACUUUCUCGUCUUCUUCAACUUUUAUGGACCCACAAAUCUUUGGACCCAAAAAUAAUGCAAAUUACGGGAAUUUUAAUCACAGCUCUUCUCAAUCAAACUCCUAGACCCACAGAUCUUCUGUAUUUUGGUCAAUACUUAGCCUCAUUAUUACCCUCUACUGAUGAAACAGAAAGACCACCUGAAAUAAUCGAGUUAAGAAAUGCAUUGUUGAAAAUUGUUCUCAAAUUAAUGACUCGUAUUCCAAAAGUUCAAGCCAAUCAUGCAUUCCAAGAAGAAAUUGUUCGUACACUGGGUUUUGAUUGGUUUCUCCUUUUCCUUCAAGGCAAGGGACUAAACAAAGACACUGUUGCCAUUGGGAUGGUAAACUUGAUGGUACUGAUUAGUAAUCCUGCCAAUUACGUACGGUUUAAGGAAGGUUCAUCCAAUGGAGGUUGGAUUAAAGAUGCUGAGACAAACUUUCGGAAUCGUUCACGUUUUCAACUUCUUGGUUUUAACAUGCCAUCUCCUUCACCCACUCCACCCAUCUCUUCUCCUUCAUUUCCCGCAUUUUCAUCUGGUAUCAAACAACCAACUGGCCAUAAAAUUAUUCGAGAAGAUAUUUUCACUAUUCCUGGUUUCCAGCAUCUUUCUUGGCUAAUGAAUUGCCAUUUAGAUAAACCUCAAGUCUACCUCAUACUAUUCCAAGGUUUAGUUGGGCAAUUUGUUCAACUUUCAGCUUCUGUUAUUUGUGCCAUUGAAUCAUUUGAUGAACUAUCCCUGGAUAAUCUUUGGAAUUUUUUGUUUGAUCAUCACAGACGUUCAUAUCAAUCAAGUGAAAGUAAUUUAAUCUGUCCUGAUCUCACACUGACCAUUUUAUCAAUGAUUCACUCUUUAAUAUGGGAUGAAAAUGUAUCUCCUGCUGCUUCAUCCUAUGCAGUUAUUUUAGUUCAAUUUCUGGUUCUCCUUUAUCACAAUCGUAAAGAUUUUCAAACUUAUUGCCAUACCAACAUUGAGUUUGUCGUUGCUCUAUGUCGAGUCAUUGUGUCAGAUAAAGACAAAGGCACCAAUAAUAUUCUCACUACUCACGAAGCUCGUAAACAUGUUAUGGAUUUUAUUCGUCUUAUUAUUGUUGAUUCAAUGAUUUGUGCUCCUGGACCUGUCAGUAAAGCUUCAGCGGUUAUUGAAGCAUUUCUCUCGUCUUUCAGUAACUCUAAAUUAGCUCAAACUGAACUACUUAAAUCCUUAAUGGACCACCUUGAUUCAUUGACAGCAGUUAUAUCACAGCAGCAACACUUUGAAACAACUGGAGAUAAUCAACAAAAUCAUCUUCAUCAACAAACAAUUUCCAACAUUGUACUUUUCUCAACAAUUUUAUCAGACAAAAUUUGGCAAGAAUGCUACCUUCGUGAUCGAAAAGAAAUUCUUGGCUUUCAGUUGAAUCUUGUAACCAAGCUUGUCUUUUCUAACCAAUCAGGCAACAAAAAUGCACGCGGAGUUAAUAACAAUGAAUUGGCAUUGCUUUAUCGUUCCAUUAACCGUACUGUUUUGUUUCUUUUGUCUCGUCCAGUCGAAACAAUUCCAGACCGCAUGACAAUGUUAGAAUCUCUUCAGCGUGUCCAUAACUAUCGAAGGAUUAUUCUUGUUGCUCCAAACAAUAGUGAUUCUUCUUUUUUCGCCUGUCUAACUUACUGUUUACUUCAACUAAUUGAUGAAGAGAAAAAUCGUUUAAUGAAUAAAACGCGAACCCAAUGGCAUUCAACUGAAGGUGAAUCAGAGUCUAUAGUUCAACCAGAUGAAGGAGCUUUAUUGAUUGCUUCAGUAUCGAGAAAAAUUUGGAAUGAAAUUUAUUUGAGCAAAAAAUCAGUGCUUGAAGAAGCAUUGAAAAUAAAUUUGGUCCCUAAUCCCUCAAGUUUUGGAAUAGUAUCUGAGAUUCCAGAUUUGGGCUCUCUACGUGACUCAUUAACAGAUAUUACUCAUAAAUUUUGGAUUAAUUAUCAAGAAUCUGAACAAUUGAGGCAAAAAAGAGUUAAAACUGGUCUGUCUAACCUUUCAAUUGAUUCUCCGUCAUCACCAGGACCAACAGCUUUAAUUUCAGAGAAACUUGGCAACAUCAACAAACUGACACAAGUGGUUAACAGCGGAGGUGGUCUAAUGUCUAAAAUUGUCGGUGGAACAACAGGCGCUGUUAGUGGAGCCCUAAGUAACGCUGUAGGGUCUACAAUAAAAAAGGAAAUUUUCAAAUCCUCAAUCGCAACAGAUGCCAAUUUAACAAAAGGAACUGUUGCCGUUUGGAAUUCAAUGUCACCCAGUGAAGUAGCUGCCUGCACAUAUGAUCAUAUCUCGUUAAUAUCAGAGCUAGUUGACUCGCAACUGAAGCAAAAAAUUCAAAGCGAUGUUCACUUGUUGAAAUAUGUUUACGAUGAAUGGAUUGCAUGCGAAAAUGAAUUACUUACUCGUGAAAAGGCUAUUUGGGGACCCGAACAUGGUUCAAAGAAUUUAGAUAAAUGGAAACUUGAUAUGACCGAAGGUCCGCAUCGGAUGAGACGAAAGAUGGUUAAAAAUGAAUUGUUCUAUGUUCAUUAUCCUUACCGACCAGAAGUUGAUUCUUCCAAAACAAUUGGACGAAAAAAAGGGAAAUACAAUCCUCCAAUUAGUUUCGAUUCUCGUGACUACUUUAAACGUUUCCGCUCUGAAGCUCAUAUACUUCUUGAACGAGACACCAGUUUUGAUACUGACCCUGACAAAACCACAGAUGAUGAAAUUUUUAGCGGAAACACCACUUCAGAGGAGCGAGAAAAUUCUUUCGAAGGAAUCAAAACAUCAGCCUUUUUACCUGUUAAAACUCCAUCAACUGAUCAAGAUGACUCGUAUGUUGACUUGACUGCAGACUCUUCUGCUCAUGUUGGUGAUGGUGUUAUUGAAAGCAAUAGCUGGGAACAGGUUGAAGCACAAACGGUUCUUCGACUUCUUGAAGAUAAUGAAAAAAUAUCUCAUAUGUUUAGAUGUGCUCGAAUCCUUGGUUUGGAUACAUUUGAAGGGUUACUUCUUUUUGGUAAAGAACACUUUUACCUUAUUGAUGGUUUCACGCUUCUUAAAACUAGAGAAAUACGAGAUAUCGAUUCAUUACCUCCCGAUAUGCAUGAUUCAAUCGUACCAACAACUGCAUCACCCAGAGAAAGUGUUUCAUCGGUUGGAAAAAGUUCAACCAAAAAGAUUUGCAUGAAAUUUGCUUAUGAAGACAUCAAAGAGGUUCACAAACGGCGUUACUUGUUACAACCAAUUGCUUUAGAGAUUUUCUCUAUGGACGGGCGCAAUUCUCUACUCGUCUUUCCUCGUAAACUUCGAAACAAGGUUUUCUCUCGUUUCAUGUCAGUUGCGACCCAUAUCAUUGAUAAUGCACACGAUUCACUGUCAGGGCAAAAAAGAAACGUCAAUGUUGAAAGUGGAACUGGUCUAUUGAGCAGCUUGAUUGGAGAUACUUCAGUUACACAGCGAUGGGCGAGAGGUGAAAUUAGCAACUUGCAGUAUCUUAUGCAUCUUAAUACACUUGCUGGUAGAUCUUAUAAUGAUCUUAUGCAAUAUCCAGUUUUCCCAUGGAUUCUGGCUGACUACUCUUCUCCGGAACUCGAUUUAAAUGAUCCUCUUUCUUUUCGUGAUCUUUCAAAACCCAUGGGUGCUCAAACUACUGACAGACUGGAACAAUUUAGGAAACGUUACAAUGAAUGGGAUGACUUGCAUGGUGAAACACCUCCCUAUCAUUAUGGUACCUUUUAUUCAUCGGCAAUGAUUGUUGCCUCCUACCUUGUUCGUAUGGAACCUUUUACCCAAAAUUUUCUUCGUCUUCAAGGAGGUCAUUUUGAUCUUGCCGAUCGAAUGUUUCACUCGGUUGGUGAUGCUUAUAUGUCUGCAGCUAAAAAUAACAUGGCUGAUGUUAAAGAACUAAUUCCCGAGUUCUUUAAUUUACCUGAAUUUCUCGUUAACCACAAUGCUUAUGAUCUUGGAGUUAAACAAAAUGGUGUCCGUUUAGGAGAUGUUAUUUUACCUCCUUGGGCCAAAGGUGAUGCUCGUGAAUUCAUCCGUAUGCAUAGAGCUGCUCUUGAAUGUGAUUAUGUAUCUGCUCAUUUACAUGAAUGGAUUGAUCUUAUUUUUGGAUAUAAGCAACAAGGUCCUGCUGCUGUUGAAGCAAUUAAUGUAUUCCAUCAUCUAUUUUACGAGGGCAAUGUUGAUAUUUAUUCAAUUGAAGAUCCAUUAAAGAAAAAUGCUACGAUUGGUUUCAUCAACAAUUUUGGUCAAAUUCCCAAACAAUUAUUCAAAAAGCCACAUCCAGUGAAAAAGGUCCAUACAGGGAAUGGAGCUCCGUUAACUCCAAUUUUACCGUCAGUUGGACUUAACAAUGUUUUAUUAAGUGGAGACCAAGGACAAGACAAAGUGGUUAUCCAUAAUCUUGAAAGUUUGAGACCUUCCCUGCACCCUAUCAAAGAAUUGAAAGGAGCUGUUGGUCAGAUAAUUCAACAAGAAAAGACUUUACUUGCUGUCGAACAAAAUAAAGUACUUAUUCCACCAACAUACAAUCGUUAUGUUGCUUGGGGAUUUGCUGAUCACUCUCUUCGCAUAGGACCUUAUGAAAGUGAUCGCGCAUUAUACAUAUUUGAGUCAGACUUUCUUCCACCCAAUGGUGAAAUAUUGUGUGGAACUGUACCCAAUUCAAGAUUACUAAUAACUGCAAAUACAAGCUCUGUUAUUACUGUUUGGCGAUUCAAGGGGAAAAAUCAUUCUCUUCAGUUACUCACCAACCUCUUUGGUCACAAAGAAGCCAUAACUUGUUUAACAUCAUCAGCAGCUUAUGGUAUCAUUGUCAGUGGAAGUCGUGAUCGAACCUGUAUAGUUUGGGAUUUAAAUAGAUUACUGUUUGUCAGACAACUUGGUGGUAGCAGUGAGAAUGAUUUAAUUCAUCCUUCUCCAAUCGCUGCAGUUUCCAUCAAUGAUUUGACUGGUGACAUUGCCACUUGCUCUGGAAGCUGGCUUUUCUUUUGGUCAAUAAACGGUGAUCUCUUGGCAUCGGUGAAUACUCUUUCAAUUAGUCAAGUUGACAUGAAUCCUACUUUAAGCAAUCAAAGUUUUCCUGCACCAUCAACCCAAAUUUUAUGCGCUGCUUUUUCACUUUACAAUGAAUGGGAUCUUGAUAAUGUUAUCAUGACUGGUUCCAGCGAUGGAGUUGUCCGUUUAUGGUCGCUUCAAUACGUUCAAGUUCCCAUUGAUGAUGACGAUGUUAAUAAUGGGUCAAUCAUCUCAUCUUCAUCCGACUCAUCCAAAGUUUCAACACCACGUGAAUCCGAUGAUCCUCAUCUCAAUACAUGUCCCGAUCGUGAUGAGAUUGUUCGUAGAAUGAGCUUGGCAUCAGUUAUUGCGGAAGAAAUCAACAAAGACGAAGAAGCUUCUAGCGAUGAUUCGCAAGCAGAAGAUCGCGAAACGCCAGUUGUACACGAGUCACCAUCCGAUCCUAAACAAGAGGCUAAAUUUUUGAAUGAAAAUAUCAAUGUCAAAACUGAUGGUAAUUUCAAAAUAUCUAAUGGCGCUGCACCUAUUCCAGUGAUAACACAUUCUAGAUCUAUUGCUUCUGAUCUUCCAUUAGUAAAUAUUAUCCAUGAAGAUGGAACUGAAGAGCGGGACAUUGACAAUGCCAAUGAUUUUCGUAAAAAUAAUGAUCAACCUGAUGGUCAAAGUACAAGUAAACCUAAUUUUCAUAAAAAGAAAAUUCCAGCUCCAUUAGAGAUACCAAAAAUUCGCGCUUCCAAGUCAGAUACUUCAUUGAUAGAUUCAGCAUUAUCAGGCGGAAAUAUGAUUGGCUCCAUAUUGAAACCCGGUUAUAAAUGGCAAAGAAAACUUGUUUUCCGCUCAAAACUUACAAUGCACACAGCAUUUGAACGUAAAGAUAAUGCUGAGCCUGCAGCUAUUACUGCUUUAGCAAUAUCGAAAGAUAAUAAAACUAUUUUUGUUGGUGAUGCAAGAGGUCGUAUAUUCAGUUGGAGUGUAUCGGAAGGAAGAGGCUUAGGUGAUCAUUGGGUUAAGGAUGAAAUUGUUGAAUAUUGUGCUCAAUGUAAUGUAAAAUUCACAUUUUCCGGACGUAAGCAUCACUGUCGUAAUUGUGGCCUUGUCUUUUGUUCAAAAUGCUCCAAAUAUGAAGCUGAAGUCAAGCGAUUGAAGACAAAGAAACCUGUUCGAGUGUGUUACAAUUGUUUUAUUUCUCUACAAAAGCAACAAUAAUCAAGCCAUAAAACUCAAUAAUGUUUAAAGUAUAAAUGAGAUCAAAUUAAAAUAUAAAAAAUACGUACAACAAAUACGUAGAAGGUUAAAGAUUUGGAAUUAUUAUGAUAGAUUUUCAAAUAAUUUAUUACCUUAGCUGUACUGAGAAACAUCCGUGUAAAUGUGUGCUAUAGUUAUUUAGACAAGUUUUCUCUAUCUAAUCUUCCUUGAACAAUUGUCAUCAACAUAUCUAAUUGUAGAGGCCUGUUCAACCGAAAUCAGCUUUGUUCAAAAUUAGUUUUCAAUUUUGUCGUUGGCUUCUCAGUUGACAACUUGAAUUCCUAAACAAUUUCCUCAUUUAUGUCACACAAUAACAGCGUAUCAAUAGUAUGGUGCAUAUUUUACAACACAGAUCUUGAAAAAUUUAUUUAAUUUGCCGACUAUCGAUAAAUGUCAUCAAUUAUUUCCACAAUUAUCGAUUAUCAUCAAUUGUAAAUGCUCUUCAAACACAACAUCUCAUGAACUUCGAAAAAUUGUUAUGCUCAACUCUUGAGUAUUGUCUAUUUUCAUUCAACAAAAUGCAUUCAAAAUUUUUUAUACUUUAGAUUGAUUUCUCAAUUAAGCCAGCUUUUCACGUUUUAAUUCGCCCUACACAUUAAAAUAUGUAUUAAACAUGAUGCUGAAUGUAUGAAACACUCUUGUAAAUGAUAGUUAUUAAAUAAACAUUAGCAAAAUGGA